UGACGCUUCCAACGCGGUAUGACAUUUGUUAAUCUGACAUCUCUGUCAAAAGUGAUGGGGUUGCCAGAUGCUUCCACUUUAAAUGGCCCACCCUGUACUUACAUAGUCUCCUACACUCAUCUAACAGCAACUAUAAUCGUGCCAUUCUUCUUCGGGUAUACUGUGAAUCGAGCCAUCUAGUAUUUCCGUAGAAAUCAAACGAACCCGUAGAUCUGGCAUCUCUGGGUACCGCAAGGAGGUUUGGGAUAACCAAUAUAUGAACAUUCAAUUGCACAAUCGAUGAAAAAUUAGAAUAAGACUGACGCUAUGAAAAAGAGUAAACAAAUCAACAUAAAUGGCAUGAGUGUAUUCUACCCCAAAAAAGGAAACACCGAAACACUUUCACUGAAUUCAACUUCGGUAGGUGGGGAUAAAAAAUACCGAUAAGUAUCAUUCGGUUGUUUGGCCACCUUCCUCGUGUUUCAUCAUACGUACAGAGUUUGGGCAAUAAACAGAACAAAAUAAAUUGAGUUCCAUUACUGCUAGCCAUUGAACCAUUUCCGUCGAUGUGGUAACAUCGUCUCAGGAAUGGAACUCUACAUCAGGCUAUCCAUUCUGUUCACCGUUGUGGCGGCCUUCGAUAGACUCCUGCACGGGGAGCCCGGAGUUGUUCAAAUUUGGCCCAAUAAAUCACACUUCACCACUCAUCAUCACGAUGAUGGGCAUUUUGGGUCCAAUCAGGCUGCACUCGGUGGACUGCGGCUAAGGAAAUCGGGCCGGGUCGAUUCGAUUUCGAAUGUUGGGGACGAAACCGCAUUCAACCUUGUUCACGGGUCGUAUUCGUACCUUGACGAGUACGGGGUUCCGGUGACCGUGCGAUAUACGGUUGACGAGAAAAGCUACGGACCGCACUUGCCAACGGUUGAGUCCGCCAGUGGAGGUGGCGGUGGGCCGUGGCAUCAUGAUCAUGUGCCGGACAGUGAUGGUCGAUGAAAUUUUGGUCGUUAUUAUCGUGGGAAUUCUUUGCACAAUUAUUGGAAAAUAGUCUGUUCAAAGCGAGCCUAUCAGCAGGAAAUCGGUUGCGUUCGUUUUCUUAUUAAGAAAAUUUGUUUGUAAAGUAACAUACAUGAUAUGAAAAAAACAGCUUUGUAAAAAAUGCUAGUUUCGGUUGAUUAACAAGAUUCUAAGAUUUGUAGAU